AAGCUUCGUCCAGAUGGGGCAAUCUCGAGACCAUUAUGCGGACAAGACUAGUGUAUUAACUUCUAGAGGUUUUACUUACAGUUUAAGUACGUUUUGUCUUUGUUUCUGAUCCGAACAAGUUAAUUAUUUGAAGAUUUUGUCCGCAAACUAUUCAGUCUUGCAAAGACGAGUCUAUAAUAACAAAGGAAUCGAAAAUCUUAGUUGGGGUCUUGAUUCUUUUUUUAGUAUCCUACAAACUAGCAAUGGAAGAUUCGGACACCAGAGCAAUUCUUCCCGAAGAUACUCUAUCGUCUGUAGACGACGAAAUACAGAUAAAUGACACAUUUUGUAAUAACGAGGAGGUUGAGAAUAAGGGACACAUUUGCUAUAGACGGCCGCCGUUCGCUUGCCCGCUUUCGGUUUCUGUUGAACCCGUAUUGUUCUUAUCGAUGUUCUCGCUGUCACUUCAGUGGCCGCUGUCUACGCAGUACCUAUGGGACCGCAUCAGUGAAGACGUAGGUUACAACGGAACAAAAGGAGGGGGAUGUACCAACAUUUCUGGGCCCCCAGACCCACUUCAAAAGGAGGUAGAGACCCUGACAGCCCACUGGAACCUGUACAUCAACUUGGGAGGAUUUGCAGUGGGGCUGUUUGUGGUGACUCUGCUUGGCUCCUGGAGUGACCAGGGUGGCCGGCGGCCCGUGCUCAUCCUGCCCAGCUUGGGUCUGGCCCUGCAGGCUGGGGUCUACCUGCUGGUCAUGUACCUCAAGCUGCCUGUGGCCUGGUUCCUCCUGGGCAGGCUGCUCUCGGGCCUCUCAGGCGACUUCAACACCAUCCUGGCAGGCUGCUUUGCCUAUGUGGCUGACACCAGCGACAGGGGCUCCCGGACCUUCAGGGUGGCAGUGCUGGAGGCCUGUCUGGGACUGGCUGGCAUGCUGGCCAGUAUCAUAGGGGGGCAGUGGCGUCGGGCACAAGGGUACAUUAACCCAUUCUGGCUGGUGCUGGCCACUAACCUGGCUGCUGCCCUCUAUGCCUACCUGUUUGUACCCGAGUCCGUCACCCCUGACCCCAGUGCCAAACUCUUUACCACCCGUCACCACCGCGCCGUCUACCGCCUCUACUCUGCACUAGGCGACCCCACCGAGGUCGGCAGUUACACAACAUGGAGGAGGUACAAACUGUGGCUCUACAUCUUCUGCUUCUUCCUGGUGGUGACGGUCCACUUUGGCAGCCGCGAGCUGUUUGUUCUAUAUGAGCUGAGCUCUCCGCUGUGCUGGGGCCCAGGGCUGAUUGGCUGGGGGUCUGCAGCUCAGAACCUGGCCUACCUCAGUAGCCUUCUGGGGUUGAGGACCUUGCAGCGAUGCCUAGAGGACUCCUGGGUGUCUCUGGUGGGACUGGCCUCAAACAUGACCGGCCUGGUGGUCAUCUCACUGGCCAACACUACUGAACUCAUGUUCACAGGCUAUGGGCUGUGCUUCCUCUACAUGGCAGCCACUCCAGUCCUCAGGGCCAAGCUGUCCAAGCUGGUGGGGCCUGAAGAACAAGGUGCGUUGUUUGCGUCGGUGGCCUGUGUGGAGGGGCUGUGUUCCCUGGUGGCCAGCAGCCUCUUUAACUCUCUCUACCCAGCCACCCUGCACAUCAUGAAGGGAUUCCCCUUCCUGUUCGGUGCCCUCCUCCUCCUCAUCCCCACAGGGAUCAUUGGGAUAGUUGAGUGUCGGGAUCAGAGGACAGACAGAAGAGAGGACUCUGCAACAUCCUGACAGACAGACAGACAGACGGGUAGUAGAUAAACGUCCUCACAUCACAGCUUGAGCCUGGAAGGCCACAGCCUCUGCUGCCCUACAUACACCUUUUUACCUGGAAGGCCACAGCCUCUGCUGCCCUACAUACACCUUUUUACCUGGAAGGCCACAGCCUCUGCUGCCCUACAUACACCUUUUUACCUGGAAGGCCACAGCCUCUGCUGCCCUACAUACACCUUUUUACCUGGAAGGCCACAGCCUCUGCUGCCCUACAUACACCUUUUUACCAGUGUGCUGGAGAGGUAGCUGACUGUCAUUAGACCACACAGAGUUUGGAUUCCGUGGCUUCAACACCAAAAGGCCAAGACCAAAAAGCUGGAAUCACCAGCCAACCCACCAUAUCAGACAUCACUGUGCACUACGUCAUCUGAGACUAGAAGAGAAAGAGGUCUGAGUUCUCUGUUGUAUUUUAAACUGAAAACCUAAUGUGAGCUGACAUACAAUUGUGGUCAAAUAAUACCCACAGUACUGUAUCAAACUAUCCAAGGGCAGGCAGAAAAUACAUGAAAUUCAAUAACAGUGCAUCUCAAUGUCACCAUAGCAUGCGAGCAGCAGAUAGAUCGACUUUAGCCCAACUUGUCCAGACUCAACCAUUAGUAUCUCUGAACAAACCGAGACCCAUCCGCUUCUAACAGCAGUCAGGGAGUACUGAGUUACACUGCUUACAGUUUACUGUCAUCCCUCCUUUCAACAGAUAACCCAGUCUAACCCCUUAAGUGCCCUAACACAGCAACCCUGUCACCCCUCCAUACUAUACAAUAGAUAGGCAAGUAAGUGUGUGUGUGUGUGUGUGUGUGUGUGUGUGUGUGUGUGUGUGUGUGUGUGUGUGUGUGUGUGUGUGUGUGUGUGUGUGUGUGUGUGUGUGUGUGUGUGUGUGUGUGUGUGUGUGCGUGUGCUUGUGCGUGUGCGUGUGUGUGUGAACAACAGAAACUGAGGGGUUGCGGUCAGGGGGAGAGUUGAAGCAUUACUGUCAUUCAGUAUUUGGGUGAUAUAUUUUGAUUUGCUGUUAGGGAGAAGUAAGGCCUGUGAUAGGCCUACUGGCUUUCUGUCUUCUGAAAUCAUGUAACCAAUGUGUUCAAUGCACUGACUGGAAGUUGCUUCGGAUAAGAGUUUCUGCUCAGUAUUGUGAAUUGAUUUGAAUGUCUGCACUGUACAGUAUUACUGAUUUUUAAAUACUGUGAAUGAUAUUUAUCAUCUUUAGAAAAUGGUACGAAUGAAUGAUUGAAUCAUGCCAAUGAUAUAUUUGACACUUAAAGUUAAGUGGCUUCUUAUGAAAUAUUAUUGCUUCAUUAAACAUUUAUAGCAUCUUGUAGAUGCUGAUGUGGAAAGCCAAUUAUAUAUUUGAUAACAUUUAACUGGCUUCUUAUGAAAUGAUAUUACCUUAUAAACCAUUUAUAGCACCUUGUAGAUGCAGAAGUGGAACAUAUGAAACUCUACAAUAAAGCAAGCCACAAAAGGUCAUGGUAUAUGAUGAGUGUUUCACAACUAGGGGCCUUCUGCCUCAUGCCUUACUGAUUUAGUAUACCGUUUCAUAAUUCCAUUGAAUCCAUUAGCUGCUAUGAAUAUGUUAAUAAAAAUAAGGCAAUAUAACGCUUCAUAAGAAUCCAUUUCAAGUACAGUGUUGCACUGUAUUUUAAUGCACAGAAAGAUUCACAGAUUUACUGUAUCCUUUUUAUUGCGGCACUAUAUUGUAAAAUGACAACAAUGCCUAAAUCUUGAAGUCCAA